AUCGUAAACGUAUCAGUAUAGUGUGAGUGCUAUAGGCGCGAUGGGUAAACUAACACUCCUAGGGCUGGUGGUGCUGGCCGCUGUCAGUGCGGCUUACAAGGACCCUCACUAUGUACCAGGGAGGUCGGUGAACGUCCACCUGUUCGAGUGGAAGUGGGACGACAUCGCUGCAGAGUGCGAGCGGUUCUUAGGACCCAGUGGAUAUGCUGGUAUUCAGAUCUCGCCACCCAAUGAGAAUGUGAUUCUAUGGACUUACAACCGACCCUGGUGGGAGCGCUACCAACCCAUGUCGUAUAAGCUGGUCACACGCUCGGGAGACGAGACGCAGUUUGCAGAUAUGGUCCGCAGGUGCAAUACAGCUGGAGUCAGAAUCUACGUGGACGCAGUAAUCAACCACAUGACAGGCGAGCCUCCAGAGAACGUAGGCACGGCCGGCAGCACAGCCGUCUUCAGGGAGUGGGACUACCCUGCGGUGCCCUUCAGGAGCGAGCAUUUCAACUGGCCGCAUUGCGUCAUCGACGGCAUGGAUUACGUCAACAAUGCUUGGAGAGUCCGCAACUGUGAGCUGGUCGGCUUAAAGGACUUGAAUCAAGCAGACGAACACGUGCGCAACAUGAUAGUAGACUUUAUGAACGAGCUGAUCGACUAUGGUGUCGCUGGAUUUAGAAUCGAUGCAGCUAAACACAUGUGGCCACAAGACCUUGAAAUCAUCUACAAUCGUUUAAAGAAUCUGAACACAGAUCACGGGUUCCCUGAAAAUGCACGUCCAUACAUUUAUCAAGAAGUUAUCGACUACGGAGGCGAAGCUAUCAGCCGAGAUGAAUACACUCCCAUUGGAGCAGUGACAGAGUUCAAAGUGGGAAUGGAACUGAGCAACGCUUUCAGAGGAAAUAACCAGCUGAGAUGGCUGUCUUCCUGGGGGCCUCAAUGGGGGUUAUUAGCCCAUAGCGACUCCUUUACCUUCAUCGAUAACCACGACAAUGAGAGAGGGCACGGAGGCGGUGGUGGAGUCCUAACUUACAAACAGGGAAAACCCUACAGGGCAGCCAUGGCUUUUCUACUAGCCCACCCGUACGGAGAACCGCAGAUCAUGAGCAGUUUCGACUUCUGGGAUUCCGAAGUUGGCCCCCCAAUGGACAGGGAAGGCAAUAUCAUUUCACCAGCGAUCAAUUCGGAUAAUACGUGCGGCAAUGGCUGGGUUUGCCAGCACCGCUGGAGGCAGGUCUAUGCCAUGGUGGGAUUCAGGAACGCUGCUGGUAGCACUGGCGUCAACGACUGGUGGGACAACGGUAGCAACCAGAUCGCAUUCUGCCGUGGGGGCAACGCGUUUAUCGCUUUCAACAAUGACAGCUGGGACCUUAACCAGAGCCUACAGACAUGUCUUCCCGCAGGCCAGUACUGCGACGUGAUAUCAGGCGACAAGGACGGCUCGUCGUGCCGCGGGAGAACUGUUACGGUUGACGGGAACGGCCGCGCACAGAUACAAGUGGGAGCUAACGACUUUGACAUGAUGCUAGCUAUACAUAUUGGUCCCGAGAGCCGGUUAUAAAAUGCUCAACGAAUUUGUAUGACAAAAAUAACCAACCAAUGAUCCCGCUAAAUAAACACAUUUGCAACCGA